AUGAAUCAAUCAUCAAUGGAGGUAGCCCUGUCUGCCAUUUCUGGCGAAAUACUCAGCCGACUUAUCUCCUUCAUAAUCAAGAAACACACAGAAAGGUCAUGUCGCGAAGAGAAGCUAGAAAGGCUUCAUCAUCUCCUGCUAAGAGUCCAUACUGUAGUCGAGGAGGCCGAGGGACGAUACAUCACCAAUUCCAAGAUGCUGGUGCAGCUCAGGAUGCUUGUUGAUGGCAUGUACAAAGGAUACCAUGUGCUCAACACCUUCAGGUUGAAACCCUUUGAGGAGGGCCCACUCCAAGAACAGGUGACACCAUCAUCUGCCUUGUCAGCUUCUCUUAAGCGCACCCGUGCAGCUUCUAGCAUCAUGAGGACUACCAUGUCUUUUGAUCAUGAGCUACAAGCUUCGCUGGAAAAUUUGGAAACUGCUGUUGCGAAUAUGACAGAGUUUGUCAUUCUUUUGAGUGGAUGCAAACAGAUGCAUAAAAGGCCCUAUGAUACCUAUAUCUACAUUGACAACUUCAUGUUCAGUCGCGUUGUGGAAAAGCAGGAGUUGAUCAAUGCCCUGUUGCAAGACAAUUUUCCUAUUGGUGCUCCAGCUGUGAUCCCAGUAAUUGGUGCAUACAGAAUUGGGAAGAAAAGCCUUGUCGGGUAUGCUUGCAAUGAUGAUACGGUCCGCUCUCACUUCUCCUCAGUUCUGCAUUUGAAAAGCAAUAGUUUUAUGAAAUAGGCGGUGAAACAUUCACGCCUGUUAGGACUUUAGUUGUUGUUGAGUUCAUUUCAGAUGUGGAUGACAGCGAAUGGGUAAAGUUUUAUUCGGCUACAUUGCAUAUGGGUGCAGGAAGCAAAGUGGUCAUCCUAAGUAGGUUCCAAGAGGUAGCAAGGUUUGGAACUGUAAAGCCAAUUCUCCUCAGAAGCUUGUCACAAUCAGAGUUUUCUUACCUCUUCAAGGUACUCGCAUUUGCAGGGACAGACCCAAAGAACCACCCACAACUAGAAUCAAUAGCUAUGGAGUUGGCCGAGAACAUAAACGGUUUACUUCUUGUAGGGAAUAUGCUUGCUGACUUGCUAAGGACGAAUCAAAAUGUCCAGUUUUGGUUCCAUAUAUUGAAGAGGUUCAGGAAUUCAUUAGAGCGUAAUUUUUCCAAAUUCGGUGAGCAUCCAAAACAACUUCUUGAAAGGGACCGUCCAACUGAUAUAACAAUGCUGAUUUCACCAUCUUCUGCUCCACUCCAUCUUAUGCCAUCCCAUGACGAGAGUAGUUUGUGCAAGAAAGAACUAUCCAAGGUGAAGUUUGGAGACCUUGUACAAGGUUCAACUACUAUUCUACCUAAGGAGGAGUUUCAGAUGAUUAUAUGGGAAUCAAGAAUACCCCCUUUUACUAAGUUUAUCGCAAAUUGUAUCGUGGACAAGCAUACUUGUAUUUCAUCAGACAACAAAAAACGUAAGUCAAUAUGUAUCCAGUAACAUCGGGUUCUUUGUGUUAGGUUGUCCUACAUUGGAAAUUGACGGUGGUGGAGCACAACAUAAAGGUGGGGACAGCCCUCAUCUAUCAGGCUAAUCUUUUGGGUUGAGUUAGGCCUAAGGUCUUGUUGGGCUCCGAUGGACCUGGGCUUGAUGGGGCGUUAGCUCAUGGGUAUAACAGGCUGGGUCAGAUUCCGCUGCGCACUCUAACACUUUGAGUGGCGUGGUCCCAAUGGCAAAUUGUAUCAUGGACAUACAUCCUUGUACUUCAUCAGAUAACACUGGGAUGUUUAAUUAUUCAAUUGAUAUGUCCUGAUUAUGUA